GCUAUUUCGAGCAUCGCUACAGCAUUAAAAAAAUCUGUUCAAAUAACGCAUGAGGCCUCUAAAUUGCUUGUUUUCUAGUGGCUGUUUCCCCAGAGCUGUAUUUGGAGUUUGACUGGAGCAUGGAGCCUGUCUCCCCACUGGAACCAGGGAUUCCUGCAGGAAAAAACUCACCCGUGCCACAGAAGAAAUUCCAUGUCUUGGUGGGGGUGACUGGAAGUGUGGCUGCUCUGAAGCUGCCCCUGCUCGUCGGGGAAUUGCUGAAAAUCCCUGGGCUUGAGGUGAAGGUGGUCACAACUGAGAGAGCAAAGCACUUCUACAACGCUCAGGAGAUUCCUGUCACCCUCUAUGGCGAUGAAGAUGAAUGGCAGCUGUGGAAGGGUCGGUCCGACCCCGUCCUGCACAUCGAGCUCCGGCGCUGGGCUGACCUGAUGGUGGUGGCACCUCUGGAUGCCAACACGCUGGCAAAGGUUGCCAGUGGCAUCUGUGACAACCUACUGACUUGUGUCAUCCGCGCGUGGGAUCUGAGCAAACCUCUGCUCUUCUGCCCGGCCAUGAACACGGCCAUGUGGGAGCAUCCCAUCACAGCUCAGCAGGUGGAGCAGCUGAAAGGCUUUGGCUACACGGAAAUCCCCUGUGUAGUAAAGAAACUCGUGUGUGGAGAUGAAGGGCGAGGUGCCAUGGCAGAAGUGUGGACCAUCCUGGAGAGAGUUAAAAGGAUCCUUGAAGAACUGGAUGUGCCAAGGCAGAGCUGAUGUUUUGGCAUGUAGAUGGUGGUUUUGUGCCUUUCUGAUGGUUUAGAGAUAAACCCAGCAGGAAGCCAAGCUGCCUGUGGGUGCCCCUGGUAUGCAUACCUAUAGCUGCUCUUCAACAGAAGGAGCCAACCGUUGUCUUGCAGCUGGUGCCAAACAGUUGGUACAUCACUGCAGACUUUUGAAAACCAAAGCCAAGAAUGUGCUGCCUUAGGGUGAAAAACUCUGUACUAUCUUGCAGACAGGGACUAACAUUCCUGAGGCUGCUCAGCACCCAGUAUUUCACAGCUCUGUUCCAAGGAGGCUGCAGAAGGUUUUUCAGCUCCAGUCGUUUCCCCAAGGACUUCUAGAGAGGAGGAUGCUGUGCAAACUCUGGUGAUGGGGAUAACACCAGCUCCUUCCAGCAUGUGUGGUUUGGACCAUCCCUGCUCUCCGAAGCUCGGUGUGUAGCUGUGCUGGCUGCAUGUUCCCAGCAGGAGUCACUGUCCAAAAAGCAUUUUCCCUCUGGGAACUUAAUAAAAAAGAGUUUUUAAUCCUGCCUCUGA